AUGACUAUCGAUAUAGCAGAUGAUACAUCUAAUAACUUUAAGCGAAAAACUGGUGGAAAUGGGUCGCAUGGAUAUAAUAAUAGUAACUACUACAAGUGCUUUCAGAAUUACUAUCAUGGACAUAAUUAUUUAAAUCCAAAUCCACAGUAUAUUACGAAUAUUAAAGCUAGUGUAAACCACUGGCAACUCCGGGACUUGAUACAAGUUGACCAAGAAAACGGGAAACUUUAUCACACCAAAGAUGAUAGCAUAAGGGAGGUGAACUUGUUGAAUAAGGAUAAGAUCGGAUCCGAUAAGCAUAUGGAAUGGGACUAUUUUCCCAAGUGUUUUAGCCAUACACGAGGAGGAAUAGUUGUUACAGGGGGUCUUUUAUCGUCGUCUUCUAAGGCGUAUUCGAUGAAUCUUCCCAGUUUGUCCUCUACAGAUAAGACUACCAAGUCAUUUCGUACACCGAAGGGGCUCUUUUCAUUUUAUAACCCAGAAACAGGAAUAAGCAAAACUGUGAAAUUGGGUGAUGUGAUUAACAAUUCGGUUUCGAUAUAUCCACAUGCAAGCAGCCAGUAUAAGUCGUACGUUUGUAAUAACGAUUCGAAUUUGUAUGUGGUUGACAUUAGUGGAGACAGGUUAUCGUUGGAUAAUAAAAUCAACUGCGAGUUGAACACAUCGUUAAAUAACGUAUGCAGAUCGCCUACGAAUGAUAAAUUAGUGACUGUUACUGGGGAUUCGUCGUCUAUUUUCUUGCUUGAUCCUAGUUCAAACUCAAAGAUUAAAACGAUUAAAACAGAUCAUGAUUCUGGGUUUGGAAUAUCUUACCACCCUAACGGACAUCUUUUCGCAACUGCAUUCCAAGACGGUACAUGUAGCUUGUAUGAUAUUCGAAAUUUAUCGAGUCCUUUAAGUGAAAUUAAAUCUACGAGGCCGGGCCAUCAAGCAGGUGCUUUCAGAUGUUGCAAAUUUGCCAACUCCUCUGUUAAUGACUUUUUGGUAAUCCUGGAGCAUGUUGGAAGAGUGCAUCUUUUUGACUUAAGAAAUUUAGGUAGUGAUAAUACUAACGACCACCAAGUCAUAGUCUUUCCAUUUGCGUUGGAUCAAUUUGCCGACUACAAGAAGCAACAGUUGAACAAGGAAGCGAAAUUAUCUGGUGAAAAGAAAGAAGAUCAAGAUAGCAUGAAUGACGGAGAUCAAGUUUCUCAUGAGAAGUUUGGUAUUUACGGCGAUUCGAGUAACUUGUUUAGAUCUAAUGAAAUCGGGGAAAUCAAGAGCAAAUCCAAAUCAGACUUACAAUUCACAGCACCAUUGGUUUACGAUUACGAUUAUCUAACUAAUGUUAAUCCUAAGUUGUUUAAGAAUUACACUUAUCAAACCCCUCCUACGUUGAGUGGUCCUGAAAACCUGUAUUUACCACCACCGGAAUUCAAUUACCCACAAUGGAAUUCCGCUUCUAGUGAUAACAAUGAAGGUAUAUCGCCUGAAAAUACAAGAGCAUCUAUUUCCAUCCCACCUCAGCAACCAGAUCCAAACUUCCAAUUUGGUCCUGGCCACAAUACUACAAUCGAGCAUUUGGCUCAUCCAGGUUCUGCACAAUCAAGCUCUAAUUCUGACACAAGUUCUAGGUCGAAUUCUUCAUAUGAUAGCUACUAUCAAGAAGCCUACCAAAAAUCAGUCAAUCAUAUACAUGGUGAAAUGGAAUUAGCCGGUAUAGAUUGGUUUGAUAGACAAUUAUUGAUAGGCUGCGAAGAUGGUGGUAUUUUAAAUUGGGAUAUUAAUGUACUAGGUAGAAGAAGUUUUGGGAGUUUCUCAUACGUUUAA